ACUGUGGUGAAAGCCAGUAAUUUAUUUCAAGAGCGAGGUCCUUUGAAACUUUUCUAACAAAUGUCUACGACGUUCAUCAGGUCAGAUGAUAUACAUGGAUAACUGGAAGAUGAUGAUGUACCUUGGCACCCCUGUCAUGCCAGAUUUGAAUGCCCUGAUCGCGACUGGUCUCUACAUAAACGAUUUAUCGAUGCACGACUUCAGCAGAGACCUGAUGCUCGCCGGCACGCAACAAUCAGUGGAACUUAAGUUGGCUUUAGACCAGGAACAGCUGAAGAGCAAAAAGCUAGAGGAAUCAAUGAGAAAAUUGGACGAGGAGAUGAAACGUACGGACGAGUUGCUGUAUCAGAUGAUACCGAAACAGGUGGCGGAUCGUUUGAGAAACGGGGAGAGCCCGAUAGACACGUGCGAGAUGUUCGACAGCGUUUCAAUUUUGUUCUCGGACGUAGUGACGUUUACAGAGAUCUGCAGCAGGAUCACGCCGAUGGAGGUGGUGUCCAUGUUGAACGCGAUGUACUCGCUUUUCGAUACAUUAACUGAAAGGAACCGGGUGUAUAAGGUUGAAACUAUCGGAGAUGCGUACAUGGUGGUGUCCGGUGCCCCGGUGAAGGAGAACGAUCACGCAGAUCGUGUCUGCGACAUGGCACUCGACAUGGUCGAGGCGAUAACGGACCUUAAAGAUCGUUCCACAGGUCUUCAUCUUCAAAUACGAGUUGGUAUUCACAGUGGCGCGGUGGUGGCUGGCAUAGUAGGCUUAAAAAUGCCACGAUACUGUUUAUUCGGCGAUUCGGUGAACACAGCGUCUCGCAUGGAGGCGACCAGCCAAGCGAUGCAAAUACAUAUAUCGCAGUCCACGCGAGAGUUAUUGUCCCCCUCGUACAAAGUUAAGGAACGAGGAGAGAUCGAGGUGAAGGGUAAAGGCACAAUGAAGACUUAUUGGUUAGAGAAACGGGAGCACAGAUCGUCAUCGACGAGAGGUAUCACUAUCCAAGAACCACCACAAUGGCACAUGAGAAACACCGAGAAAAGAGUGUCUGCAGGGACACCCGCUGGCUUCACAGCAGCCACCACCAUGUUCGAGAAUCAAAAUUCAUUGGACACGUCGUCUAGGAGAGGCUCGAAGAUCACCUCGCCAACACCACCAGAAACGUCGUUCAUCACCGAAGAAAGAAGAAUUUACUCGCCGAUCACGUUUCAGGACGUUGCUCGUAGAUCGGUUGCCAACUCGCCGACCAAGAACGCCGAUUCCAGAGAAUGUAGGUCAAACUCGAUGGGCGCGGUGAUCACGAGGAACUCGGAGAUGUUCAGCUCCCUUCUGAGCGACACCGAGGAACAUUUCAGACAGCACAGAGACAGCCUAUCGCCCCGUGGUGAGAACCGUUCGGCAGGUAUCCAUCCAAAGCCGGAGUUGAACGUGAACGCGAACUCGAGCUCGUCGUCGGAGGAGCUGCGCGAGGACAGGGCGGCCUCGAGCGACCUCGACGCCCCCCCGAAGCGUGAGAACGACUACUGCGAGAAGAGCAAGGACUAUUAUCUGACGUUCCACAGCGACAUCAGCAACUCACAGUCGCUGACUCACCAGGACCAGUGCUGUCCCGGCUUCACGAUGACGAAGAGCGGCAAAACGCGCCACCAGAGCAACGGAUGUUGCAUCGCCUAAUAAAAGAAAAAUCGCGCAAAUCAACCUUCCCCCCCCCCCUUCCACGCCCCCCGAAGGUCCGAGAUUUGCCUUCAUCCCCCACGAGUUGAUCUCGUUGUUUCUUCCACUCCUGUCUUCACUGACAAUGCGAGCCGCGAGGGCGCGAUCUUAUAUAGAUCCUGCAGAAGUUUCUCGUUAGUCGAAAAUCGUCGACAUAGUCAGGACGUUUCGGGAAAAACGAAGCCUCGUCCCCGCUGUUUUAACGAACUGGCCGACGUGAUUGACUUCAGACUUCUUUUCGGAAUUAUUUUUCUUUCCUUUUUUUUUUUUUUCUUGAAUUUGGCGCCAAAGCUGCUCGACGCUUAACUUUCUAUGCGAAACAGAGUUCUUCGACCCUUUUGGUGUUUGGUCCAUACAAAUGGACUGUCAAUAAGUACGGUCAAUAAGAAUAAUUAAAUAAUUGGUUUACGUCAUGGUAUAAAUGCAAAUGGUAUAAAAAAAUUUAAAGACGAACGUAUCCCCUGUUAAGUGGGUUAUUAAGCCUUGUUAUUAAGCUUCAUUUUUUUUUCUUUUUUGUUUCUUUUUGUUUUGUGGAGCUAAUCGAUAUAUUUGAUCGCGGGGCUGGUGCACCGAAAUUGUCAAUCGUUGGAAACUGUCGUUUCGAAAUAU